CGAGAUCCGAAAAUGGUUGGAAUAAUGAAUAAAACCGGGACAUUUAGGGUAAUGUUAUUCUUAUCGUCGUUCAGAGCGAUAAUCUGUUUGAACGAAUGUGUCAAUAUCACGGAAAAUCGGAGAGAGGCAAGAGGAAUAGCUGGAAAGAGAUAUUUGGUAUUUCCCCAGGGCAGUAAUGUACAAUUAGUUUAUUGUCUGACUUUGGGGACUUUAGCGAAACCCACCGGUUUUUUUACCAUGGGAAUAACUGCUGGAUUGGCUUAUGAGUUGCCUCAUUCGAAUACUGUGCCCUUCAGGAAACCAGCGGAGGUUUAUCAUCGAAGGAGUCGACGAGAUCUGUACAAGAAAAUUGAGAUGAUGAUGAAUACACGUGGUGAGAAUGGAAGGGCUUGUGUGCUCAAGACCCUAUGUCUCUCCGGACAGCGAAACCGCACUCAACUUCCAAAAGGUACUUUCAUCCAAGAGAUCCUUCAUUCGGUAUUCACAUUGCCUGGAGGAGCUUACGAUGUUGAUCCGAAAACGCAUUAUGAGAGAGCCCAUGAAUCUACGGGGGAUUGCCACUCCAAAUAUUCUGAUUGCUCGGGAUUAUUUUAAGUACCAGUCUCCAGAUUACACAUUGUUUUUCAA